GAUGAUUUGUAUCAGCAGUAACCAGUGAUUGCUCAUUUGGCAGUGACAGUCGCUUAUGUGGUAACCGGCGUGUCGAAAGCGGCAGUAACCACCAGUUGCAUUAACGUGGUGAAGUGAAGUGGAUUGCUCCUAGUGUGACGAAAAUGAAGCUGUUGUGGUGCUGUAUUGCAGCUACAUUACUAGCAACGGUAGUGAAAGCUGCAAUAGAUGUAGAAAAGACAGUGAAACAAGUGCAAAGCAUACUGAAAUCUAACGACCUACUGCCAAGAUUAAGCAGAGAAGAAAUUUUACAACUACUUAAUGACAUAAGAGAAGAAGAUGCAAAGACAAGCACAACCCCUAAAACAAGACAAAAUUAUGAAGUAUAUAAAACAACGACACCUUAUAAAGUUGAAAAUGAUAAUGAAGUUGAUUCUACUGCACAGCCUGUAGAAUUUAAUUUAGUGGAAGAAAAUAAAGAACAAUUAGUGUCGGCUACUGCGACGCCGCCUAAAAAAUUGGAGAGCACUACAAAAUCAAGUGGUCAAACGUUAACUGUUGUUCUACCAUAUACACCUAGAGAUGGGUCGUCUUUACAAGAGUUAUAUACACGACCACCGCGUGUUGAAGUUGUACAAGAAAAAGUCACACCGAAACCGGUAAAAACUGCAAAGUCCAUACAGAAUAAUUUAAAGAGCAAUUUAAUAAACAAUGCUAAGGUUGCUAGUAGGCCCAUGAUGGACUUUCCCGCUGAGUUACAAGCCUUUCUGGAUGCCCACGGAUUAAAAGGAAAUCCCGAAAAAGAUCACUUCCUGUUACCAUUAGAUGGUUUUAAACCUCUCCCUCCAGCUAAAAUUGUAGAUCGCAAUGUACAAUUACCUGAAAAUAUUUUACUAGCGUACGAUUUAAUUUCACCUUCUGAUUUAAAGGCAUCAUCUAGCUCAAAAAAUUCUCAAUCCAGUUUCUUGUUUGAACCUCUAAGACCGGAGUAUCCAUUUGAAUUAGAAACAUCAGCAUCUGAAUCAAAAGAACAAAGUUUACCAUUAGAUCUACCAGUCCUCAGAAAACCAAAGUCGGUUUCUCAACUAAAUUAUGAACCAAUAGAUUAUGACUCUGUUAAAGUCAUUCCUCUUAACUCUGGGCCAGAUCCAAUCGAGCAAGAUAGGAUAUCGUUGGAUAGCGAUCCAAGUAAAAGACAGACAAAUGCAACUGAAACAUCAGAAACUACAACUGUUGAAGAAACUACAACUGCUGCUCCGGACAGUAAAAGUGAUGCAUCUGAUUCGGCGUCAUUGGAAACAGAUGCUGGUGCUUCGAUUUCAGAUCUUGAGGACUCCUUUGGGGGUCCCGUACCAGAACAACCAGGGGAUUCUGUACUACCUCCACCAAAGAAAAAUGGAUUCUACUGGAUGCUGGAUUGGAAUAGCUUCUUGGAAGUUGGGGACGGUGAUAGCAAAGUGAACAUCCGAUUUGAACCAAAACUGGGCGACCCGCAAAUGUUUUUGCCUGUCAAUGUACCGUGAUCAUUUAAGAGGGAUGAGUAACAUUCUAGUCUAAUGGGUAAAGGUUUUAAAUGCGUAUUUAAAACUAUGAUAUUAGUGUAAUAGUGAUUUUGCAAUGCAAUGCAAAUUGUUGGUGCAAUGUACAGUUGGGAUAGAUUAGAACUGAUACAACAUUUGUAUUCAAAUAAGAAUGUAAAUAUAUGAUGUGCUGGUGUGAUUGGGAGUGAAAUGCUUUGAUGGAAUGUAAGCAAGCCGGUCAUGACUGCUCGACCAAAGCGAGUUAAUGAAAGUGAAUCAAACGAAAUCGUCGCAUUGCGUGCAACGAUACAUCGACUUAGUGGUAUACCAUUGUACAGUUUUUAUUUACGUACUUAGUAAUAAAAAUUUUAUAACACUC